GCAAUGAUCUGAAUGUCGAGACUGUGUCAGGAAUCAUUACCGCACUUGAUUGGCAGAACGCCGCUUUGUAGUGACAUCAGAGAGCAACAAAGGACGUGUGUGUGUGUAUAUAUAUAUAUAUAAACCUCCUUCAAUUACUAUGCAGCAGGAACAGGAAUCACAUCAAUAAAAAUCCCACCGAAAAUACAUGCUGCAAUCUCCUGUGGAUUUUCUAUAUAUAUAGAAGGACCCAUCUUGUUAAGAAAUGAUGGAUUUUUCUUAAUCGCUCAUUGUUUAGGGUUUCGCGAGGAAACCCAAGUGAUUUGUUUGGAUUCCGUUCCCUUUUCGUGAGUCGUAUACAUUUAAAUGCGUUUUAACAUAUAUGAAAAGGAAGUUUGCUCCCUCUCCGCCUGCUAUUGAUUGGUGUAGAAAGGUGCAUCGCUCUCUGGACAUCUUCCUCACGCCUGAAUUAGAGAGAGAGAGCUAAACAGAAGUGAAAGAGGAUUGAACAGCGAACAAUGUGGGUGACAGGAGAGUCCUGAGCGGACCCAGGGAGCCAACACAGAGGCACGAUGACCGCUGGCAGACGAUCUCUGAUGGUGCUCCUGCUCUGUCAGGUCCUCUUCGGAGGCUCGGCCGGGCUCAUCCCCGAGGUCGGCCGGAGAAAGUUCGCCGAGCAGCGGGAGGCCAACUCGGGCCGGGCGAGCCCCCUGCAGACCGAGGACAUGCUCCAGGAGUUCGAGCUGCGGCUGCUCAACAUGUUCGGCCUCCGGCGCCGCCCUCAGCCCAGCCAAAACCCGGUGAUCCCGCAGUACAUGGUGGACCUGUACCGGCUGCACUCCGGCGAGGAAGGGCGGGCUGGCUCGGUCCUGUCCCACUUCCCCGAGAGGCCAGCCAGCCACGCCAACACAGUCAGGAGCUUUCACCACGAAGAACCAAUGGAGGAGCUGCCUGGGGCCAGAGGAGAGGCAACCUACCGAUUUUUCUUCAAUUUGAACUCUAUACCGAAGGAGGAGCUCAUCACCUCGGCAGAGUUGAGGAUCUACCGCGAGCAGGAGCGGGAAGCCUGUGUGAACGCCAGCGGUGGUUACCAUCGCAUCAACGUUUACGAAAUUCUCAAAGUGGCAGCGACCUCUGGCAGCGAUCCCAUCACGCGACUGCUGGACACAAAGCUGGUGCACCACAAUGUGAGCAAAUGGGAGAGCUUUGAUGUCAGCCCUUCUGUUAUGAGGUGGACCGUACAAGGGCAGCCCAACUAUGGGUUUAUGGUGGAAGUCAUUCACUUGGACCAGGAGUGCAGACAUUCUAAGCGACAUGUCAGGAUCAGUCGGUCCUUGCACCAAGAUGAAGAAAGCUGGCCCCAGAGGAGGCCUUUGUUGGUGACGUUUAGCCACAAUGGCAAAGGACAUACUCUUGAGAAAAGAGUGAGGCGUCAGGCCAAACACAAGCAGAAGAAAAGGCACAGGUCUAGCUGCAAGCGGCAUCCUUUAUACGUGGAUUUCAGUGAUGUGGGGUGGAAUGACUGGAUAGUGGCACCUCCGGGAUAUCAUGCCUUUUACUGCCAAGGAGAGUGUCCCUUUCCAUUGGCAGAUCACUUAAACUCAACGAACCAUGCCAUUGUGCAGACAUUGGUGAACUCUGUCAAUGCAAACAUUCCCAGGGCGUGCUGCGUCCCAACGGACCUCAGUCCCAUCUCAAUGCUUUAUCUUGAUGAAUACGACAAAGUUGUAUUAAAGAACUACCAAGAUAUGGUUGUGGAGGGUUGUGGAUGUCGUUAAAGCAGAAAAAAAUUUAUCAGAAAAAAACCUUGACACUUUACUAUUUCCCAAUGAAGACACUAUUUAUAUUAAAAAAAAUUAACAAAAUAGAAACAUCUAUUUUGAAAAUAUAUUUAUGGUUACUUAAAAAGAAAUUGGGAAAAUAAAUAUUUUAAUCAGAGAAUUGUUCCUUUUAAAUGUUUAAUUGUAUUUCAGAUGUACAUGUUUAUAUGGGUUUCACCCCCAACACAUGAAGUAUAAUGGUCGAAUUCCUAUUUUGUAUUUAUUGCUAUUGUAACCACUUUUUAGAAAAUAGCUAAUUUGUAUUUAUAUGUAAUCAAAGAUAAAUAUAGGGUUUGUACAUAAAUCGUCAAUCCACA